AUGAGUCUCGUCGAGCGGAAUAUGUCCACCCGGAGACGCAGAGACACAUUUCCAACCAUCCGCGCGGCAGGGAAGCUCGUUCCAGUUGGAGACAGAACUAAGUCUUGUCUGCAGGAAAUUACACCAAGGCCUGUAACUCCACCUGUGGUGAGGAAGUUUGUCAGUUCUGCUCGGCCACCCGUCGGCACAGUUCGGGUCUUCCAUGGAAAAGCAGAUGACCCUGACAUCGCCAGCGCUCUAGUCCAUGGUGUGAAGACCAAAUCAUCCAUUAAUGCUGGAUCAGUGAUUAACCCCGCACCGAAAACACGCUUCCAAGAGAGGCUGCGUCAGUGUCAAGAGAUCACCUAUGCCACCAGUCAGAAAGCACCUCUUGGAAGGUCACAAGUUCAAGGCCCUGGUUUACCAAGCUGGCUUGACCCUGAGAAAACGGCUUUUGGUGUCACAACGCUCCAGUUUUCUAAUGGUGGUGAGGUGAUCAAUCCACCUAAAAGCGCACAGCAGGUGCAGAAGGAAGCGGACGAGGGACAUCGGCUCUACAUCCGCUCACACGGCUCAUAUUCAGUAGGUGAGCGUUUGGACAGAAAGUACAAUUGGAGUCGCUAUGGGAGAGAAAGUAGGUUUGGUGUCCCGACGCCUCAUCACAAUGAUGGGAGAAACACCUCCAAAUCUCUCCACUGGCCCAGUGACACACUAAUGCACAACAGCGCAAAAUUAUCUUCGAAGCGCUGCGACGACUUCAGAGAGAAGACUCAGCCACAAACAGGCAAAGUUCAUGAUCCAAUUGCGGAGACAUUAAACGUUCCCAGUGAUCACACAUUCGGAGUCUUGAUGAAACCUGACAGCUUUGGUGUAGGAGAUCUUCUGCAUCAAACUCCACCUGGAAAGUACCUGAAAGGUAAAGACAGACAGCGAUCGCUGGUCAGCGCUGUUCGCCAGCAUCUCAAGAAGUCCAACUACCAGAACUUCAGCUCAUUACUUAAAGCAUUCAGAUACUACGACAAGAAGGGUCAAGGGAAAAUCGAUAAGGAGGAUCUGAAGGAUGUUUGCCAGCAGUUUAACAUGAUCAUCAGUGACCCGGUGCUCGAUGAGCUCAUGGAUUACUGUGAUGCUGAUAAAGACGGACUGAUCGAUUUCAUGGAGUUCUCCAAUUUUCUCAACUGGAAAGACAAAAUGCCAAUCAACAGGGUGGAGCAGAAAAUCCUCACAGGAGAGCGCAUGGCCUGGUCAGCCCCGGCCAACAUGCAGCGAGCCGACCUCCAGACAGCCGGCGCCAUCAAGCCUCUGAUCAGACCUGAAGAUCUGGAAGCUGUUGAGCUGGGAAACACCAGGAAGACCCCAAAAACCCUGUCCAGACCCAGAAGUGUGCAGGACCGCUUCAUCACCUCGUCCUCUCUCAUCAAUGCUGUCGUAGGGGGUUCUUCCCCUGCCGAUUAUCAUAUAUACGGAGUACCAUCAGUACGGACCGAUCUACCCGCUCCUCGUAUCAAACGCAUCGGUGACCGGACGAACUACGGAGACGAAUCGACAGCACGUGAUCUGCUGCACCCCCCUCUGCAUUCCCUCUACGGAGUCCAUGAAGAAGAGUUUUUAAGCCCUCGCACUAAAGACCAGAUUGCAGAGAUUUUCCAAAAAGUGGGUCUCAACGUUGCGGAGGAGACAUUUGAGGAGGCCUGGAAGUUGGCGUCCAUGAGAGAUCCUGUUGGUGACGUUUGUGUGGAGAGCUUUCGAAAUGUUCUCAGUGAACUACAGGCUAAUUAAAGUAUUUCAAGU